AAAAACAAAAACACACAACUUGCUCGCUUGUUAAGGUCUUAUUGCUUGCUAAGGAAGUCUCUGAAACUCUGGCACUGAAUAGUGAAUUAUUUGGAAAGCAGUCUUUUAAUUUCCGAGCUGAUUGUUGAUUUUGUUAAACAAAAGGCUGUAUGCUUGUUGUUUUCGAAUCCCAGUCCAUUUCGGAAGAUUUUUCUCCUAAAACUCCUCUACUUCUGGAAACAUUUAUCAAUUGGCAUUUUAAUGGACCUUUCUUACACAUUCAAGUAAAAAAAAAAACAGCGAUGGCUCUUAGCGGUUUUGUGGAUUUCUUCCAGAAAGGAAAGGUACAUGAUACCUUUCGACCUAAGAAAAAGUUCCAGCCAGGAACUCUGCGCUAUUCUUUGCACAAGCAAGCCCAGGCUUCGCUGAGCUCAGGUAUUAACCUGCGGACGGCUGUGCAACUUCCACCUGGGGAAGAUGCCAAUGACUGGAUGGCAGUCCACGUUGUGGACUUUUUCAACCGCAUUAACCUAAUCUACGGGACAGUGAGCGACCAGUGCACGGCUGAGACUUGUCCUACCAUGUCUGGAGGGCCUAGAUACGAGUAUUUGUGGGCUGACGGGAACAAGUACAAAAAGCCGACGGCGCUUCCAGCCCCGCAAUACGUGGCCCUUCUGAUGGACUGGAUUGAAAUGCACAUUAAUGACGAGUCCUUAUUUCCUGUUACCACAAGUGUGCCAUUUCCCAAAAAUUUUCUUAGUACAUGCAAGAAAAUUCUCACGCGACUUUUCCGGGUCUUUGUUCAUGUUUACAUACACCACUUUGACAGGAUUGUUGCAAUUGGAGCAGAACCUCAUGUGAACACUUGCUACAAGCACUUCUUUUAUUUUGUGCAAGAGUUCAAAUUGAUCGGAGAAAAAGAGUUGGAGCCAUUGCGAGAGAUGACCAGGAUGGUCUGCAAGGAUGCGUCGGGUCAGUCAAAUUUGAGCGGGUCGACAGCCUCUCCUGGCCCUGCAGCCUCCGCAGUGCCUGAGGAGGCUCGGUGAUGCCAAAGUUCUUUCCUUUGGUCGGGCAUGAGUCCUACUGUGAAGACAAAGCAACCUCAUUGAUUUCAGCCCUCAGCAGGGUGUGAUUUUGUCACAGUGCAAUCAUUUUUAGUGCCUUAAUUUUGCUUUAUUUAUUAUCAGCUGCCAAUUUCUUUCAGCAGAACUAAAAUUCAUAUCGAAUUCA